UCCCUCCCUUCCUAAAAUUUCUGCAUAGCUAGUCAUCAUCCCCAAAACCUUCCAAGCAAACAAACAAACAAACUGGAAAUCAAACCUCUUCCCCCUUUCCCCUCACUCAAACCAUGGAAAGCACGGAUUCCUCGUCGGGAUCGGCGCACCCCCACCUCCCGCCGGGCUUCCGCUUCCACCCCACCGACGAGGAGCUCGUCGUCCACUACCUCAAGAAGAAAGCCGCCUCCAUCCCUCUCCCCGUCACCAUCAUCGCCGAGGUCGACCUCUACAAGUUCGACCCCUGGGAGCUCCCCAGCAAGGCGACUUUUGGAGAACAGGAGUGGUACUUUUUCAGCCCGAGGGACCGGAAGUACCCGAACGGGGCGCGACCCAAUCGGGCCGCGACUUCCGGUUACUGGAAGGCGACCGGAACCGACAAGCCGAUUUUGACCUCGAACGGGGCUCAUAAGGUCGGGGUGAAGAAGGCGCUGGUUUUUUAUGGCGGGAAGCCGCCGAAAGGGAUCAAGACCAAUUGGAUCAUGCACGAGUAUCGACUCAUCAACAACAACUGCUCGAAUCCUUCGAUUCUCAAGCCUCCAACGAGUUCCGAUCCGGCCUCCAAGAAAUCGUCGCUAAGGUUGGAUGAUUGGGUGUUGUGCCGGAUUUACAAGAAGAAUAAUAACAACUCGCAGAGGCCAAUUGAUCAGAGAGAUUAUCAGCAUCAUCAUCAACAUCAACAUGGUAAUGAUUCGUCAAUGGAGGCGAUGCUGGCCGCCGCGGCGGCGGCGAACUCUCACAAGCAGGGGAAGGCAGGCGGCGGCGGUGCUAGCUACGCUAAUUUACUGGACGGAGAGGAUAAUUUCUUCGACGGGAUGAUGAAUACAGCUGGGGGAGAAACCGGGGGCGGGAACUCCAGCUCGUCGGCGGCGGGGAAGCGCGGGCUGAUAAUCAACGACUACUGGAACAAUAUGGGCGGCGAGGCGGCGGCGCCGGGAGGGAAGCGGUUCCAUGGAGAUCUGAACAGCGGUGGAGGCGGCGGCGUGGGGAUGGAGGACGGCAGUGCUUCGUUUGUUUCGCUGCUGAACCAGCUGCCGCCGCAGCAGAGCAAUUCGGCGGCGUAUAAUCAGGGGGCCGGCGGCGGCGGGGGAGGGAUUCUAGGGGCGCUUGGAGACGGCGUCGUUUUGAGGCAGCAGUUUCAGUUGCCUGGAAUGAACUGGAACUCGUGAUCUGAAGCGGCGUCGUUUCUUUCAUGGUAUAUGGUAGCUUUAUAUAUAUACAUACAUUGGAUGAUGGAGGCAAGCCGAGUUUUGAUUUUGGCUGGGGAGGAAAAAGCACAGACAAGUUAAUUUCUAGCUGAUUUGACUGUAAGUAAAAAGCGGAAUACGUUAAUUAGUAAUUAAUUACUAUAGUAGUUGAAUGUUGACUAUUAAUUAAUUAUACAUGUGGAUUUGUGUGCAUGGGACCUAUAUUAAUUAUGUAUAUGGAUUAAUAUUCAGUUAAUUAUUUAGAAAAUAUAUAUAUGAAAUGUCUAUCCAUGGGUUGGGGUAUAAGCUACAAUUAAUAAGAUUGUGUGUUUGGAUUAAGUAUUAAUCAGAAAUGGGGG